AUGGUCGUGUUUUCCCCUGCGGCGGCGGCGGGGGGGAUGGCCGGAGGCCCCGCGGUGGCGGCCGGAGCGGCCGCAUCGGCGGCAGCUCCAGCAGCGACGGCAGCGACCCCCGGUGGCAGUGUUCCCCCCGCGGCGGCGGCGGGGGGGAUGGCCGGAGGCCCCGCGGUGGCGGCCGGAGCGGCCGCAUCGGCGGCAGCUCCAGCAGCGACGGCAGCGACCCCCGGUGGCAGUGUUCCCCCCGCGGCGGCCGCGGAGGGGGUGGCCGGAGUCCUCGCGGUGGUAGCAGGAGCAGCGGCAUCGGUGGAAGCUCCAGCGGCGACGGCGGCGGUCUCCGGUGGCAGUGUUCCCCCCGCGGCGGCGGCGGCGGAGGAGGUGGCCGGAGUCCCUGCAGUGGCGGCAGAAGCGGUGGCAUCGGGAGCAGCUCCAGAGGCGACGGCGGCGACCUACGGCGGCGGUAGUGUUUCCCUCGCAGCGACGGCGGGGGCAGCGCCUGGAGGGCUCGCGGCGGCAGCUGAAGCAGCGGCAUCGGGAGCAGCUCCAGAGGCGACGGCGGCGACCUACGGCGGCGGUAGUGUUUCCCUCGCAGCGACGGCGGGGGCAGCGCCUGGAGGGCUCGCGGCGGCAGCUGAAGCAGCGGCAUCGGGAGCAGCUCCAGAGGCGACGGCGGCGACCUACGGCGGCGGUAGUGUUUCCCUCGCAGCGACGGCGGGGGCAGCGCCUGGAGGGCUCGCGGCGGCAGCUGAAGCAGCGGCAUCGGGAGCAGCUCCAGCGGCGGCGGCGGCGGUGCCCGGCGACACUGUUAUCUCCGCGACGGUGGCGGGGAGAACGACCAGAGCGCCCGCGUUGGUGGUUGGAGCGUCGGCAUCGACGGCGGUUCCAGCGGCCAUGGCGGCGGGACCUGACCGUGUUGUUUCUCGUGCUGCGGCGGCAGGCAGAAUGGCUCGAGAGCCCGCGCAGGUGGCUACAGCGGUGGCAUCGGCGGCUGGAGUGGGGACAUCGGUGACGGCACCACCCGCGACCGUGGCGACGGCACCGGUCGUUACGAUGGUGACCGUCGGUGACGUUUCCCCCACCAUAUCGGUUGGGGGGGUGGCCAGCAACGGAGAAGCGGUGGUGAACGGCAUCGACGACGGCAGCGAUGAUGGCGCUUGGUGCGCAGGUGAGGUUGGUGACUGCUGGGAUGACAGCGUCUGUGGCGAGAGGGGGGCGUCCACGCACCCUUUCGAUCCCGGCACCGUGUGUUCGGGGGUGCGCGGCACCGACGAUCCCGGGGUGGACGACCUGGUCGGUGGCUCCGUCAGCAGCAGCGGCAGCUGCAGCAGCGGCACCAGCACCAGCAGCGGCAGUAAUAGCAAUGACAAGGCAGAGGGGAUUGAUGUGGACUGGUUUCGGGUCUGCUGCGCCCCUCCGACCCGUGGAAGCUGUACCGGCUGA